UUUAUAGGUUAAUUUUUUCACUUCAUGUGAAUAUUUUUAUUAAUUUUGAACAUUAAUAACAAUGGUUAGAAAAAGUAAACGAAUUGUAAAUGCAGAAAGUGCACCAAAAAACGCUACCGAAGAAAAACCGAAAGCUUCACAAAAGGAUUCACCAAAGGCAGCGCCAGUUCCAAAAGGAAGGCCAAAAUCCGGUAGAAUAUGGAAAGCAGAAAGGAAAAAGUUCAGUUCCAUAGUAAAGACUAAAGGCAUUCGUAGCUCGUUAGAGAAAAAACAGGUUCUACGAGAGAAGCUGAAGCACAUAAAAGAGUUGUCGAAUAGCCUGAAAACUGCGAGGAAUGAAGAAAAGGAACUGAAGAAAGAGCGCAGAAGGGAAAACUUAAAGAGGCAAGAAGAGAAUCGUUUAAAAUCCGAAGUGGUCCAAGUUAUUUCGAACACACAAAAAUUAAAGAGGGCUAAGAAAAAACAACUGAGGAAUAUAGUAAAAAGAGACACGACUGUUGUUUCGAAGUAAAUGACUCUAAAAUAUUUUUAAUUGUUCGGAUACAUUUUAUAAUAAGAUUUAUUAGAAAA